AUGCCUACCUACAAUGUCGAAAAUCUCGAUGUAAACAAUUUUGAUCUACAAAAAAGCAAUAACCUACACACUGACAUUAAUGUUGUCAUGAAAGCAGUGAAUCCAAAUGCAGACAUUGGUUUGGAUUACUUACAAAAUGAAGUUAGUAUAUCGUAUUCAGGAACCAAAAUUUCGGUGGGGAAAUUUCAACCUUUCUUGCAAAAAGGGAAGGAAACAACAAUUUUUAAUGUGACAUUGAAGGGAGAUAGUGAUUUUGAUCCUAUUUUGCAAAAUAAAUUAUUGCUAGAUCAAAAUUUAGGACAUAUUCCUUUGUUAAUAAUGGUGAAGGUUCCCGUUAGGAUUGUGAUUGAUGACUUAAUUCAUCUUAGAAAAUUUGUUGUUGAUGUAAAUUGUUCAUUGGUUAUUGAUCAGUUGAAACAAAACAAAAAGCCUAACAUUUUGAAGAAAGACUUCACUUAUGAUAUCCAUAUGUGA